AUGUCUGUAAGCAUCGAACUGGUAACCACUACACCCUUUUCUGAUCAGAAACCAGGGACCUCAGGACUUCGUAAGAAGGUUACUGUAUUCCAACAACAACACUAUACAGAGAACUUCAUCCAAGCUAUUCUCGAAGCCAUUCCAGAAGGUGUUGAAGGGUCUACGUUGGUAAUUGGAGGAGAUGGUCGUUAUUACAAUGAUGUUGUGAUUGGUAAGAUUAUAGAUAUUGCUGCUGGCAAUGGAGUUAGAAAGUUAAUUAUUGGUAAGGAUGGGAUUUUAUCAACCCCUGCUACUUCCCAUGUGAUUCGUAUCAAAGAGGCUACCGGAGGAAUCAUUUUAACUGCAUCUCAUAAUCCUGGUGGACCCAAGAAUGAUUUAGGUAUUAAGUAUAAUUUGGCCAAUGGAGGUCCUGCUCCUGAACUGGUAACCAAUAAGAUCUUUGAAGUUCUGAAACAAUUAACCAAUUACAAGGUGGCUAAGGGGUUACCAAAAUUUGAUAUUACCAAAGUUGGUGAUUUCAAACACGGCCCUUUGGAAAUUGAAGUCAUUGAUUCAACUGCUGAUUAUGUGACUAUGUUAAAGGAAAUUUUUGAUUUUGAUUUGAUUAAAUCUUUUAUUUCCAGUAACUCUGAUUUUAAACUACUUUUUGAUUCUCUUCAUGGUGUCACGGGUCCUUAUGGUGAAAAGAUAUUCAUUGAAGAAUUGGGAUUACCUCAAACCUCUAUUCAAAACCAACAAGCAUUACCUGAUUUUGGUGGGUUACAUCCCGAUCCUAACUUAACAUAUGCUCAUACAUUGGUUGAACGGGUGGAUAAGGAAAACAUUGCAUUUGGUGCAGCAUCUGAUGGUGAUGGAGAUCGGAAUAUGAUUUACGGAGCUGGAACAUUUGUUUCUCCCGGAGAUUCUGUUGCAAUCAUUGCUGAAUACGCAAAGGAAGCCAUUCCCUAUUUCCAAAAGCAAGGCGUUUAUGGCUUAGCACGUUCCAUGCCCACUUCUGCAGCAAUUGAUCUUGUGGCCAAAGAUAAAGGAUUGGAAUGUUAUGAAGUCCCCACUGGUUGGAAAUUCUUUUGUGCUUUAUUUGAUUCCAAUAAAAUGAGUAUUUGUGGUGAAGAAUCCUUCGGUACGGGUUCAAACCAUGUUAGAGAAAAGGAUGGUCUUUGGGCCAUCAUUGCUUGGUUAAAUGUAUUGGCUUAUUAUGCUAAAGAGCAUCCAGAUAGACCAGCUACAAUCAAUGAAAUCCAAACACAAUUUUGGAAUAAAUAUGGCCGGACAUUUUUCACUCGUUAUGAUUUUGAGAAUGUUUCAAGUGAAGGUGCUGGAGAAUUGGUUGAUUUAUUGGCUGACAUUGUUACCAAAGUUAAACCUGGUGAAGAUUUAGAUGGACGUCAAGUUAAAGAAGCUGCAAAUUUCAGUUAUACCGAUUUGGAUGGAAGUGUUUCCGCCAAUCAAGGAUUAUUCAUUAAAUUUUCCGAUGGCUUAAGAUUCGUGGUGCGUUUAUCCGGUACCGGAUCAAGUGGGGCAACUGUUCGGUUAUAUUUGGAAAAAUGGACUGAUGAUAAACUGACAUACACUGAAAAGGCUGACGAUUACUUAAGCAACGACAUUAAAUACGUUUUAAACUUGUUGAAGUUUAAACAAUUCUUGGAUCGUGACGAACCUGAUGUUAAGACGUGA